AUGACUAAUUCUUUGCCGCUUCAUAAUAACCAAACUCUCUUAAACCAAAGACCAUCAAAUGAUGAUGAAUAUGAUAGGAAAAAUUCAACUUCAAGUGCUACAACACCACAUCAUGGGAAGGAUUAUAUCGAACAGAGAAAUGUAUAUGUAAAUGGAUCAAUUCAAUUUUCCCUUCCUAGUAAAUAUGCAGCCAUUCAAGUAUUGGGUAAAGGAUCAUACGGGACAGUUUGUUCUGCUAAAGAUCUUACUGCCAAGAAGACGUUUGGAAAUAAAGAGCCUUUAUUGGCUAUUAAGAAAAUUACUAACAUCUUGAGUAGAGAGAUACUAUUGAAGAGAUCUAUUAGGGAAUUAAAAUUUAUGGCAUUUUUUCAAGGUCAUAAGAAUAUUGUGAAUUUAAUAGAUGUUGAAUUGAUUUUCGAAAAACCUUACGAUGGGUUAUACUGCUAUCAAGAAUUAAUAGAUUAUGAUUUAUCUAAAGUUAUUCAUUCUUCUGUUCAAUUGACAGAAUUCCAUAUCAGAUAUUUCACUUAUCAAAUUUUAUGUGGGUUGAAAUAUAUUCACAGUGCAGGUGUCAUUCAUCGUGAUUUGAAACCCGGAAAUAUUUUAUGUACAGUUAAUGGAUGUCUGAAAAUAUGUGAUUUUGGAUUAGCAAGGGGUAUCGAACAGAUAGAAGUUACUAAAUUCCAACAACAAGAUAUAACCAACUAUGUCGCAACUAGAUGGUAUAGAGCUCCUGAGAUUAUAUUAUCUAGAAAGCCGUAUAAUAAAUCUAUUGAUAUGUGGGCAGUUGGUUGCAUUCUGGCAGAAUUUUAUUAUAGAAAACCACUCUUUAUGGGGAAUGACUCAAUGCAUCAAAUUUAUGAGGUAAUUAAAGUGUUAGGGUAUCCUCCAAGUCACUUAUUAGUUGACUUUGGAUCAGUGAAAGCAUGGAAUCUAGUGAAUAGCAACUCAUUUAAUAAUUCAGAAAAGAAAGAUUGGGAUGCCAUUCUUCCAGGUGUUUCAAUAGAUGCUGUUAACCUGUUGGAUCAACUCCUCUGUUGGGAGCCAGAUAAACGUAUCAGUGUCAUUGAUGCACUAGAUCACAAGUUUGUUGAUAGUGUAAGGCGGAACAACGACGAACCAGUUUGCCCUCAUGGAAUCUUUGACUUUGCCUAUGAAUCGGAAUUAAAAUCAAUGACUAAUUUAAAGGAUUAUUUAAUAAAAGAAAUAUCCUUAUUUAAGAUUAACCGUAAGUAG